CACUCUCAGUAGUAGAAGAGUGACGUAUGACCUGGCGCCCGGUUAGCUAGCUAAUGAGCUAGUUAGCUAGUUGUUGUCGUUGCUAACAGCGCACAUCGUCACUUAACAUCGGCUAACUAUAUACUAAUUGAAAUUUACUUAUCCACUGACUGUCGGAAUCGGUCAUGGACGACGAUAGCCACCCCAAAACCCUGUACGUGGGAAAUCUCUCCAGGGAUGUCACAGAAAUCCUGAUUCUGCAGCUCUUCACCCAGAUAGGACCUUGCAAAAGUUGUAAAAUGAUCACAGAGCAUACAAGCAAUGACCCGUACUGCUUUGUGGAGUUUUUUGAACACAGAGAUGCGGCUGCGGCUCUUGCAGCCAUGAACGGGAGGAAGAUAUUAGGAAAGGAGGUCAAAGUAAACUGGGCCACAACUCCAAGUAGCCAGAAGAAAGACACAUCCAAUCACUUCCAUGUUUUUGUGGGUGAUUUGAACCCUGAGAUUUCCACUGAGGAUGUCAAGGCGGCAUUUGCACCGUUUGGGAAAAUCUCGGAUGCGCGUGUUGUGAAGGACAUGACGACAGGAAAAUCAAAGGGGUAUGGAUUUGUGUCCUUCUACAACAAACUGGAUGCGGAGAAUGCCAUCAUUAACAUGGCGGGACAGUGGCUUGGAGGACGCCAAAUCAGGACUAACUGGGCAACACGUAAACCUCCGGCCCCCAAGAGCGUUCAGGACAACGGUUCAAAGCAGCUGAGGUUUGAUGACGUCGUGACUCAGUCCAGUCCACAGAACUGCACCGUGUACUGUGGAGGGAUCCAGUCAGGACUAUCAGAACAUGUAAUGCGGCAGACCUUCUCACCAUUUGGUCAGAUAAUGGAAGUCAGGGUUUUCCCUGAGAAAGGAUAUUCCUUCAUCAGGUUUUCCUCCCACGACAGCGCGGCCCACGCCAUCGUUUCAGUUAAUGGGACGGUCAUCGAAGGACACAUAGUGAAGUGCUACUGGGGCAAAGAAUCUCCUGACAUGGCCAAAAAUCCACAGCAGGUUGAGUAUAGUCAGUGGGGGGGCCAGUGGAACCAGGUCUAUGGGAAUCCACAGCAGCAGCAACAGCAGCAGCAGCAGCAACAAUACGGGCAGUACGUGACCAAUGGGUGGCAAGUUCCCUCCUAUAGCAUGUACGGCCAGACGUGGAACCAGCAAGGAUUUGGAGUAGAGCAGUCCCAGUCACCAGCCUGGAUGGGAGGCUUUGGAUCUCCAUCAGCCCAGGCUGCAGCCCCACCCGGCACAGUCAUGUCCAACCUGGCCAACUUCAGCAUGGCUGGCUACCAAACGCAGUGAGAGAUGACCCCCUAACGACUUAAGUGUAAUACCCAAGCGGACGCAGACACCUCUUUUCAUCCGGACGGGUGCUGUGGUUAAAAGAAGGGCACGGGCCGUAUUCACAAAGCCUUUGUAGCCGUUUGUUUUGCUCCUAAACAACCAGUUUAACAAGCAAAUGAAAGUCAGUUACACUUAGAAGAUUAUUUGAUGGUAAUUCCUUAUCCAGUUUCAACAAAAAAUUGGUCUUGGGCAUUUAAACUAAAGCCAAACCAAACGUCUAUGUCCCAAGUUUUUCUUUUAUAAUUUUUUUUUUUUUAAAGGAUAUAGCCACCUUUUGAAUGUUUGGCUCUGUGAAACUUUACCUGGUGUGUGACAAGAGGAUAUCUCCACAGAGAGGGUCGACCAGUGAGCCAAACCAUCAAAAAGUCCGAGUAGUAAAAAUCCAAAAAUGUGCACAUAACAGCCGAUUUAUCUAGUGGAUCUUAAAGCACACAAACUAGCUAAAAGCCAUCUUGUUACUCCGGCAGCUCGCUGGAAUACGACGAGGAUUAACAUCCCUAGAAACCUCACACAGACAUAAACAUUGAACUCUCAAGUCUAUAGCAAUAUCUGCUUUCAGUUUAAUAUUUUAAUGUGCAUUUGCUUGUCAUACCUGGGCAUUAUCUGUCAUUUUCUACCGAAGACAAACUUCCACUCAAGUCUCUAGCAGUGAUUUAGCCGGUUAAUGUGGGGUCAGCUUUCCCACACUUAACUGCACUGAGCCACAAGAGUCAACUCAGAUGGUCUCUAAGACAUUCAGUCGUAUUCUCAUAAACUCAAGGAUGAAAUGCUUUGUGAAUAGAGGCCCUGGAGCGGUAGUUUACUUUUCCAUGACAUGUGAAGAAACUGUGUGUGAGUGUGUGUGUGUGUGUGUGUAAACUACCGUGGCUUUAAAGGAGGUUUUCUCUUUGACAAACUUUGUGUACAAAGAACAUUUCACCCACACAGCAGCUCGGAAAGCGCAAAAAAAAAAAAAGCAAAAAACAAACAAAAAAAAAUGUUAUUAGAGAUUUCAUGUUUUGUAUUGGAGUGAUAAGCAUGUUAUUUGCAGACUUUGAUGGACUUUAGUUUACACCUUAUUGUAGCCUAGAGUGACUAAUUUAUAAUCAUGUGUCUCAAAGGAAAGGCUAUAGCACACGCUCACUGUAUAAAGAAAAUAAUGUUUUAAAAAAAAAUAAAAUUACUUAACCUCUUCCUCCUCCUCCCCCCCCUCAAAAACUUUGUAAAGGUAACAAAACUCUUGAUUCUGGGGCUGGUUUCCUAGAGGAGUAUUGAAUCUUAAGUAUUUUCUUCCUCCUUCCUAACCUCAGUUCAUUUCUAGCCAUUUCUUUCCAGUGUGGCUUUUAGAGCCUUUUUGUGUAUAAAACGAAAACAAAAACAAAAAAAAUCCCACAAAAAUUAAUUAAUUUUGUACAAAAACCAGCCCCUAAUUGUAAUGCGUCACAUUUACAUAACUUUACUUUUACUUCCCCCGACUUGUGUAACGGCAGAACUAUCACAUAUGUUUUAGGCUUUACAACUAAUUGGGGAGGGUGGUGAUCUUACGUUAAAUUUUAAAAAUAACUUUUUGGAUAUGAAUGAAUAUUUUGCGAUUAUUUCCAUUAAUCGCAGGUAAAUUAUUUUAAAGAGUCACUGACAAAUUGAUGACGGGGAGAUUUCUCUGACAUCCUGCCAUUCGGGUUUUAUUAUUUGUGUAUGUGCCAUUCUGUACAGUGUAUUAGACAGACUCCCGCCUUCCUGUUGAGCUCGCCAACAAACUGGAUGAUGUUUUUUGUUUGUUUGUUCGUUUUGAGCUUUGGACGGAGGGACGGGAGGGGUGGCGGCGGCGGUGGGGAGGGGGCCGGUUAAUCAUGAAGUAAAACAGGUUUUGAGAAUGUAAAUAUAAAAACCUCCAUCACCAACCUUCAUGAAACCUAAUGUACAUACUGUAGGUAGAAUGUUACGAAAUUAAAUGCCAUCAUUAAAUUACAGCAAUAUAAUUUAUGACCGAGCCUUAAUUGAUUUGUUGGUAAAUUUCAAACUUUGUGUUUUAUUUAAAGAAGCUCCAUUAUAAAUCUAAAUUCUUAUUUUUUUUCCCCACUGGAUUUUUCCCUUUUCUUUCUUUUUCUUUUUUUUUUAAGUUUGUGUGCCAUUUUCAGGGUGUAGCAGGAAGCAGGUGACGCAUCGGCUUGAACUGCACGCUUUCUGACGUGUAAUAUAUGUGUUGCUUCAAACAUUGAAUGUAACGGCAAUUUCGCUUUUCAUGACUAUACAAAUAAGUUGAACAACGAAAGUGAUGUUUAAUAAUAAAGGAUGAAAUCA